CCACCCAUUCACUAGGGCAACCGUUGCGGGGCGCCCGGGCCCUGAUGUGGGACGGUAGGCCGCUGACAUCCCCCCUGCCCCCGCUUUGGGCCCUGAGGUACCCCGGCCUGGUAGCCCCAGGCCGUUCCCGUCGGAUGGCGGAGUGCUGUGAACGACGCCCAUGAAGCCGGUGGUCCUCGUUCUGCUGUGGCUAUGGCCUCCGUCCCUGCUGGCGUAUCCGACCAUAACUGUGUUGCCUGAUGAAGAGCAGAAUUUGAAUCAUUAUGUACAAGUUUUACAGAACCUGAUAAUGAGUGUUCCCACCAGGGAGCAGGGCUCUGGGGAAACGUCCUCAAGUUUUACGGAAGUUCCAGAGCUGAAGUUUUCUCGGUAUGAGCUGAUACACACCCCUGAGGAAGUUACCCCUGAGAAUGACGUUCUGAUCAGGCCCUUCAAUGAGGAAAAGACAACUUUCCCUACUAGCGGCUUCACACUGGGGAUGCAGAGGAAAAGAAAAACCGAAACUACAGCGUUCUGGUCCAUCCGGCCAAAUAAUGUUUCUGUUGUUUUACAUGAGGAGGAACCUUAUAUUGAAAAAGAGCCGGAGCCGGAGCCAGAAUUCGAGGAGCCCCAUUCCAGGCCAUUGUGGCCUCCUGAGCAUGAGUCAGAGGAGGAUCACGAUCUGGAACACGAGCAUGAGCCGGACCACGAGCAUGAGCCGGACCAAGAGCAUGAGCCGGACCACGAGCAUGAGCCGGACCAAGAGCCUGAGCCGGACCACGAGCAUGAGCCGGACCACGAGCAUGAACCGGACCACGAGCAUGAGCCGGACCACGAGCAUGAGCCGGACCACGAGCAUAAGCCAGAGGGCACACGUCAUCAUCAUAGUAUGAUCAUCCGCCCAUGGGUGCCAACCACACAGAUCACCAUAAGAACGAGUACCACCAGCAGCAUGGAUGUCUCCACGGACUCUGAGGACGUGCCCCAGCUCUCAGGCCAGCCGGAAACGGAAAACUUGGAAGACCUCUCUGGACACCACUCCGAGAGUGCAAUACACGAGGAUAUUUUGAGGAAAAUUUCCAAUAUCAAUGUAGAGAUUCAGCAGGGGCCUCUCGGUGACGCCAACAACCCCGAGUACAAGGAGUACAUCAAGGCCUCCAGGGAGCACCUGAAACGGAGCCUGGCCCUGGCUGCAGCCGCCGAGCACAGGUUGGAAGAGAUGUACAGAUCUCACGUCUUCCCCGAGGAGCGGACCAGCGAUUCAGUCGAUGACAUGGAAACAGUUAUCAACAUGCUGUAUAAUUCCAGGUCCAGGUUGCCGGAGUAUUUGAAUAUUAAGCAUGUACCAUCAGAGCUGAGAAAAAAGGUCACCGCCGUGACUAGUGUGUUGAAAAAACUAUUUUGUGCAGAUCAGGUAGAGACGCAACGCCUCAUUAGGAAGCUGUUAAGCAAUAAUAUGAAAAUCCUAAAUAUCCUUAAUGUCCCAUGAUCAAACUCAUUUAAGCAAAGGGCUUGUUCACCGGAAAAUAAGCAUAUUAGUGAUUUUAAAAGUUGCCUAAAAUAUUUUCUAUUAUACUUCCAUGUGCUAACAUCCUUAUGUGUCAUGUCAUAAAAUAUUUUCAUAUGUACUAAAAACCUAACAAUUUUAAAAUAAAAAUUUGCUUCAUGA